AUGGGAAUGCAAAAGUUCCCAGAAAUAAAGCAGGUGAAAAAAGGCAGACUUUGUGCUGGGGGUGACAGACCAGCAGCCCUGAAAAUGGAAGAAGAAGCAUCCACUCAGGCUCCGAAAUCCACCCAGGAAUCCAUCCUUAAAGAAGAGACUAUUACAGAGAGAAAGUGGGUGAAGCUUGAACAAACAACGUAUGUCGAUCCCACAGGUAAAACAAGAGUAUGGGAGACUGUAAAGCGCACAACCAGAAGAGAAGGGGUUUCAGCUGAUGCGGUCACUAUUAUUCCUGUGUUGCAAAGGACUCUCCACUAUGACUGUGUGGUUCUAGUGAAACAGUUUAGGCCUCCCAUGGGUGCGAACUGCUUGGAGUUCCCAGCAGGCCUAAUUGAUGAAAAUGAAACUCCAGAGUGCGCUGCUUUGCGGGAAUUGGAGGAAGAAACGGGAUAUAAAGGGGAUAUCCUUGAGUGCUCUCCAGCGCUGUGUUUGGACCCGGGCUUGACCAACUGCACGUCACACAUUGCGACCGUCACCAUCAAUGGGGACAUUCCUGUCAAUCUGAAGCCCAAACAAAGGCUUGGUGAAGGAGAAUUUGUGGAAGUAGUUACGCUACCGAAGAAUGAUUUCUUGCAGAGAAUUGAGGAGCUGGUGGCAGUAGAGCACCUUAUAGUGGAUGCCAGAGUUUAUACUUAUGCUUUGGCCUUGAAGCAUGCAACAGACACACCGUUUCAAGUACCAUUCAUGAAAUUCUGACGGUGUCAUUUUUAGUCCUUUGGAAGCUUUUCCUUUAUCACGUCGAAGGGCUGUGAAGAUCCCACAAUGGCAACU